CUCAUAUUUAUCAUAAUAUUUUUGUUUCUCUUAAGCCUUCCAGACUGAGGAAGACCAGGAAACUGAGGGGUCAUGUCAGCCAUGGACACGGUCGCAUUGGCAAGCACAGGAAGCAUCCUGGAGGACGUGGUAAUGCUGGAGGCAUGCAUCACCACAGAAUUAAUUUCGACAAAUAUCAUCCUGGUUAUUUUGGGAAAGUUGGUAUGAGACACUACCACUUGAAGAAGAACCAGCACUUCUGCCCUACAGUCAAUCUAGAUAAACUCUGGACACUUGUCAGUGAGCAGACAAGGCUCAAUUACGCCAAAAAUCAGGCUGGAUUAGCACCUGUGAUUGAUGUGGUCCGCUCGGGUUAUUACAAAGUCCUGGGCAAGGGGAAACUGCCUAAACAGCCUGUAAUUGUGAAAGCAAAGUUCUUCAGCCGGAAAGCAGAAGAGAAAAUCAAAGCAGUUGGUGGAGCCUGCGUCCUUGUGGCAUAAGGGACUUCCAUACGUACUCAGGUUUAAAUAAACGUUAUUUCAGACA